UCAAACACAAUAAAAUCCCCGUUUAUAAUUUACUGAAGAAAUUUCUUCAAGACCACUAACAUAUUUAUAAGAUUAGCUUAAAAGCCAAACCCAAACGAUGUUCCGGAAUCAGUAUGACAACGACACGACGGUGUGGAGUCCCCAGGGCCGCCUCUUCCAGGUGGAGUACGCCAUGGAGGCAGUGAAGCAGGGAGCGGCAACUGUGGGACUGAAGAGCUCCGACUUCGCAGUGCUCAUUGCCCUGUGCCGCACUUCGAAGGAGACGAACACGCUGCAGAGGAAGAUCAUGCCGGUGGACGGUCAUGUGGGAAUGUCCAUCUCCGGUUUGACGGCGGAUGCCCGUCAAGUGUGCCAGUACAUGAGGACCGAGUGCAUGGCCUACCGGCACUCCUACGAUUCGGAAUUUCCAGUGCGUCGAUUGGUGGGCAAUCUGGGCAACAAGUUGCAGGCCACCACCCAGCGCUACGAUCGACGACCCUAUGGAGUGGGAAUGCUGGUGGCGGGCUACGACGAGCAGGGACCCCACAUCUUCCAGGUGAUGCCCACGGCCAAUGUCCUCAACUGCAAGGCCAUGGCCAUUGGAGCCCGUUCGCAGAGUGCCCGCACCUAUUUGGAGCGGCACAUGGAGAGUUUCGAGGAGUGCAGCAUGGACGAACUGAUCUGCCACGGCAUUCAGGCCAUUCGAGGAUCUCUGGGUCACGAUGACAGCUCCGAUCUCACCAUCAACGUGGCCAUUGUGGGCAAGGACCUGCCCUUCAAAAUGUUCACCGAUGCCGAGAACCAGAGCUAUCUUAAUAUGGCCAAUGUUUUGGGUCAACCAUUUACCGGGGACCAAGAUGCUCUCACUGAUGCUGAUGGGAUGAGCGAUGAUGACUUGAUGGACCAGGGACCAAGUGGCAGUGGAAUGCCGGGCAAUGAUUUAUCCGAUGUUGACACCAAUCCCUCCGCAUCUGGCCAUUAAGCACGCCAAUCAGCGGAAAUGCUCACACAAAUCAUAUCAAAUUGUUUGUUUCGUUAUAAAUGUUAUUAAAGUUUUCUGGGCAUUAUCA